AUGCCCAAACUAACCCCUACCGAGCGCGGCAUCGCCAUCUACAACCCCCUAGUCCUCCAAAUCUACGACUACUGGGUCCUCAACAUCGUCAACACUUGGGCCUGGCGUUGCCCCACAAAAACCCACCUCCUCCCCCUUUUCGUCUCCAACAUUGGCUCCAACCACCUCGACAUCGGCGUCGGCACAGGCUACUACCUCGCCAACGGGACUAUCCCGCAAACAACGCGUCUGACGCUGUGCGAUCUGAGCCCGACGGCGAUGGCCAAAGCCAAAGCCAGAGCUGGAAGGGAGGAUGCGAGGGAAUUGCUUUGCGAUGUGUUGAAACCGUUGCCCGUGCGCGCGGGGGAGAAGUUUGAUUCGGUGUCGAUGUACUUCUUGUUACAUUGCUUGCCGGGACCGGUGGGGAACAAGAUUUGUGUUUUUGAGCAUGUGAAAGGGGUUCUGAAGGAGGAUGGGGUUGUUACUGGGGCUACGGUUUUGGGGAAGGGGGUCAAGGAUAACUUCUUCGGGGGGCUGAUUCGGCGGUUCUGCGUGUACGACGGGAUUAUGAGCAAUGAGACAGAUGACGUGGAGUCAUUUGUGGAGGCUUUGAAGGCGAAUUUUGAGGUUGUUGAGGUGGAUGUCAUUGGUGUUGUAUUGGUGUUCAAGGCGAUGAAACCGAAGCUGUAG